CCCGGUUACCGUGUACGUAGACCCCGAGGCUACGUACACGGUAACCGUGUACGCAGACACAGCGUUCCUGGAAACCAACUUUGUGAUUGUUGGGCCAGCAAGGAAGGGGCCAGUUUUGUUCAGAAUUAUUGGUCUCAAUAUGAUCAGUUAUACUUUGUUUGUGAUAGGCCUUGAUCUAGUGGCAGUCAAAAAUUAAACCAAAGACAACGAAGUGAGGGAGGACUGAAGUCAAGUCAUCUUUGUAGCCUUGUAGUGUCACUAUUAGUGUUAGGCAGGCUGGUGGAACAGAGCUGAAAACAACACACCCUUGACUGAUCUAGCGUUGAAGGAGGUAUAAGUGCUUUCAAACGUCAACAGUGUGUCAUGGAUGAAGAUGAUGAAUAUUUUUAUUGCUCUGAGUUUGACUCAGCAUCAGGGAUGAAGUCCCACGAGGAAGUGAGAAAAGAUGGAAAUUUGACUGUCAACUCAGCCCAAGAACAAAGCAACACAGAAGACAGAGAAGACUCUGACAAUGCUGAAGUUGAAGCAAAUGAGGAAACCCCGAACUGUGAUGGAGAUACACCUCCUCACAUCACAGAAUGGAUGCUCGAAACGUUUACGUUUAUGACUGCGAUGAGGAAAUGUAAUGGUUCCUUGGUUCAAUCCCUAACAAGUAUGAUAAGCAGGAUUGAAAGUCUGGAGGCAGAAAAAGAAAUGCUAAGAAACCAACUUGUUUUUCCAUCAAUGCUGAGUAAACAAGUUGAUAAAAUCAGUGAGGAAAUGGGAGAUCUCCGGACCGUGAUGGAAACUGUGGGACAAAAAGUAGAUGAGCUAGAUGCCAGGCAGGGUGUGGUCAAUGAUGGUGAGAAUGACGUGUCGGUUGGACCCGCUCUGGCCCGGUUGUCUUUGGCUGUUGAAGCUUUAGACGUGGAAGUUGAACAAUUGCAGUCAAAAGUAGACAGCAGUCCAGUCCAGCCCCCAUCGUCAGAGGAUUCCCAAUUACACGAGUCGAGUACCGCAAAUCCAUUUGAGUGUGCCACUUCCUUGCCGCAGCCACCUAUUGUUCCCACAGGGUCAUUCUUCAGCACCAGCUCAGAUGGAAGAGCAAAUGAGCCUCAGUUCACCUUUUCCUCUUCUGCAGCAGAGCUGAGACCAGCAAACCAGAACAGUGACAGGAAUGAGAACAAAACAUCUGUCCUGUCACCAAGAUUACCUGGUGAGAAGAAUUCACAGGGACCUGUGCAAGCUCCUGAUUUGAGUUGUCUACCUGAUCCCUCUUUUGCUAAGAACAAAGAUGGCUUUCUGCAGGCAGCUGACGUGGAAAAGAUUAUAAUGAAAAAGAAGCACUCCCAGUACUGUUUCCAAGACUACCUUGAUGUAAGGUCUUGCGAUACAACAAUUUGGUCUGGCACAAAUUUCUACUUUCUGGUCAUACUUGAAGAUGAAGAGGAUGAAGUUGAAGCAUCACCGACGGGAAAACUCAAGGGAGAACGACUGCAUUGUAUAUCAGGACAUGAGAUGUACAAGAACUUUUCACUGGAGGAGUUGCACUUUGGGGACUAUUUGCUUGGUUGGAAUCACCAGAGGGGUUUGUCUAAGGACUCCACGUCGACACCAUGGAAAAUAGAGCCCGCCACCGUUGCUGGAAGUUCAAGCUGUGCUCUGGCUGGCUCUGCAGAGGACAACGCUGUCAAAGAAACUGUAAGGCCAGACACUACUGCAGUCAUUUCUACGGGUUCAGAAUAUGUGAUUGAAAAACCUGUCACUUCCUCUACUACUUCAGAAUUUAGGCUUGGAAAGUCUGUCUUUUCUACCAGUUCAGAAUCUUGUAAUGGACAGUCUGUCUUUUCCACUAGUUCAGAAUCUUUGUUUCAGAAAACUGUGACUACAUCUACCGCUUCAGGAUCUUUGUUUGAAAAAACUGUGACUGCAUCUACUACUUCAGGAUCUACAAUUGGAAAUGCUGUUACUACAUCUACUACUUCAGGAUCUUUGUCAGGAAAACCUGUGACUGCAUCUACCACUUCAGGAUCUUUGUCAGGAAAACCUGUGACUGCAUCUACUACUUCAGGAUCUUUGUCAGGAAAACCUGUGACUGCAUCUACCACUUCAGGAUCUUUGUCAGGAAAACCUGUGACUGCAUCUACUACUUCAGGAUCUUUGUCAGGAAAACCUGUGACUGCAUCUACCACUUCAGGAUCUUUGUCAGGAAAACCUGUGACUGCAUCUACCACUUCAGGAUCUACAAUUGAAAAUGCUGUGACUGCAUCUACCACUUCAGGAUCUUUGUCAGGAAAACCUGUGACUGCAUAUACUACUUCAGGAUCUACAAUUGAAAAUGCUGUGACUACAUCUACCACUUCAGGAUUGUUAUUUGAAAAACCUGUGACUGCAUCUACUACUUCAGGAUCUACAAUUGGAAAUGCUGUUACUACAUCUACUACUUCAGGAUCUUUGUCAGGAAAACCUGUGACUGCAUCUACCACUUCAGGAUCUUUGUCAGGAAAACCUGUGACUGCAUCUACUACUUCAGGAUCUUUGUCAGGAAAACCUGUGACUGCAUCUACCACUUCAGGAUCUUUGUCAGGAAAACCUGUGACUGCAUAUACUACUUCAGGAUCUACAAUUGAAAAUGCUGUGACUACAUCUACCACUUCAGGAUUGUUAUUUGAAAAACCUGUGACUGCAUCUACUACUUCAGGAUCUACAAUUGGAAAUGCUGUUACUACAUCUACUACUUCAGGAUCUUUGUCAGGAAAACCUGUGACUGCAUCUACCACUUCAGGAUCUUUGUCAGGAAAACCUGUGACUGCAUCUACUACUUCAGGAUCUUUGUCAGGAAAACCUGUGACUGCAUCUACCACUUCAGGAUCUUUGUCAGGAAAACCUGUGACUGCAUCUACUACUUCAGGAUCUUUGUCAGGAAAACCUGUGACUGCAUCUACCACUUCAGGAUCUUUGUCAGGAAAACCUGUGACUGCAUCUACCACUUCAGGAUCUACAAUUGAAAAUGCUGUGACUGCAUCUACCACUUCAGGAUCUACAAUUGAAAAUGCUGUGACUGCAUCUACCACUUCAGGAUCUUUGUCAGGAAAACCUGUGACUGCAUCUACUACUUCAGGAUCUUUGUCAGGAAAACCUGUGACUGCAUCUACCACUUCAGGAUCUUUGUCAGGAAAACCUGUGACUGCAUCUACCACUUCAGGAUCUUUGUCAGGAUGUAAUUACAUUUAAAUGGUAUUUUAUUAGACUCACCAAGCCUUGAUUCAAAAACUGGUGUACUACUACAUGUAUUGGCAUUGGAGUAGUGAUACUGACUUUCCAAACCCAGAUACCAAACCACUAGUUUAGUACGGUACAAAAGCCAGACUUUCCACACCCGGAGUCCUUUGAAUGAUGCAGUUGCGAUCUCCGGACUUUUACCAAACUCCUGGAUUCUGAUCUAGUUUGUUGUAGCCUAGCUGUAGUAAUAACGUUAUGUAAUAUAGUUUUUGCUCUUCUACAAGCUCUUCUGUUAUCUAUUUGUGAUGGCCAAAUUUUGCUAUUCAAAAGGCUUUUUAAUGGCUGCAUCGAUCGACAUGCGGUUUUCGCCAAAAAAUUCUAU